AAUUAAUUAAUCAGUGUUAUUUCGGUGGUGCAAUUCUAUCCGCGGAUUCGAUCUAUUUUCUGUCAACCCACCCUUCCGUGCCGAGCGUUGCUGGCGGCGUCGUCGGCAGACGAUCGAUAUUUCGAAGGACCCGGGAGAAGGGGACAGUAGCGCCUCUCGGUGGUGACGGUCGGUAGAGAAGCAAGAUGGAGGAGGUCGCAGCAUCCGGCGGAGAAGCGGACAAGUUCGAUUACGCGUCAACGGACUCCGAAGGAAACCUCAGGAUCAAGAUCAUCUGCCUGGGAGACAGCGCCGUCGGAAAGUCUAAAUUAGUGGAACGAUUCUUGAUGGAUGGCUAUAAACCACAUGAAUUAUCUACUUAUGCACUUACACUUUUUAGACAUAAGACAACACAUGAAGAUGAAUCACUUAUGAUUGAUUUUUGGGAUACGGCUGGACAGGAAAGAUUCAGUAGCAUGCAUCCAUCUUAUUAUCACCAAGCUCAUGCUUGCAUAUUUGUAUUUGAUGUUACCCGAAAAAUAACAUAUAAAAAUUUGUCAAAUUGGUAUAAAGAAUUAAGAGAAUAUAGACCAGAAAUUCCUUGUUUAUGUGCUGCAAAUAAAAUUGAUGUUUUAUAAAUACAGUUGAUUCCU